AGAGAGAGAGAGAAUGAGAGGGAGACAUGUUUUGGAGUGAUGAUAGUCGGCCGCCUUCAGGAGAGGAGGAGGAGGAGGAGGAGGAGGAGGAGGUAGUGGAUCAGCUUGUGUCUCCUCCACCGCCCAACACGAAGGUGAAGCUUGAGCGGGUGUUGGGUCUGACCGUACCCAGCAAUGCCGCGCUGGACUGUGACCCGCACUCCGGACAGGUGGCAUAUCCGGCAGGAUGUACCGUGGUGCUGCUCAACUCCCGCAAGAACCGUCAGUACCACGUGCAGAACGCCUCCAGGAAGACCGUCACCUGCGUCGCCUUCUCCCCGUGCGGCCGAUACCUGGCGACGGGCGAAUGUGGCCACCAACCUUCCGUUCGCGUGUGGGACCUCGCGGACCGGACCCAGAUGGCGGAGUUCCAGGGACACAAGUACGGCGUCUCCUGCGUGGCGUUCUCCCCCACCCAGAAGUACGUGGUGUCGGUGGGCUCGCAGCAUGACAUGAUCGUCAACGUGUGGGACUGGCGGGGCGGCGUCAAGGUGGCCUCCAACAAGUUCUCGAGCAAAGUGAAGGCCAUCAGCUUCGCCGAGAAUGGCUCCUACUUCGUCACUGUCGGCAACCGCCACGUCAAGUUCUGGUACCUGGAAGUGGCGCGCGGCUCCAAGUUCAAAGAGCCCGUUCCCCUCACCGGCCGUUCAGCCAUUCUUGGGGAGCAGCGGAACAACUACUUCUGCGACGUUGCCUGCGGCCGAGGGGAUAUGGGGGACUCCACCUUCGCCAUCACCAAGUCCGGCCUCCUCUGCGAGUUCAACAACAGAAGACUGCUGGACAAGUGGGUGGAGCUGAGGACCCCGAGUGCCAACUGUCUGGUGGCCGGGGAGAACUACAUCUUCGUGGGGUGUGCUGAGGGCAUCGUACGCUGCUUCAGUCCCUUCAACCUUCAGUUUGUGACCACCCUGCCACGCACUCACUACCUGGGCGUGGAUGUGUCCAAGGGGCUGACCAUCAGCCACAUGGCAGCUCACCCUAACAAUGCCAAGUACCCGGACACCAUCGCCAUUGCCUACGACGAGAACAACCACAAGGUGACGGCCGUAUACAAUGACCACUCCAUGUACGUGUGGGACAUCAAGGACAUCAAGAAGGUCGGUAAGUCUCACUCCUACCUCUACCACUCCGCCUGCAUCUGGGGGGUGGAGACGUACCCGCCGCCAGGGGAUGGGGUGAAGGGCUUGCUACCUCCGGGCUCCUUCAUCACCUGCUCCUCUGACGACACCAUCCGAGUGUGGAACAUCGACCCGUCCAUGUCCCCGAACACACUGUACAAGCGGAACAUCUACAGCAACGAGCUGCUCAAAACCAUGUACGUCGACCCCGAGUUAAUGUUCAUCAAGGACACUGACGUCAACCCACAAGGAGGCGACCGCAAUGACACCUCGUAUGACUCCCGGAACGGCGUGCGCUGCAUCCGCGUGAGUCCGGAUGGCAAACACCUGGCAUCCGGGGACCGUGCCGGAAACAUCAGGGUUCACGAGCUGCAGUUCAUGGAUGAGUUGUGCAAGAUCGAGGCUCACGACGCCGAGGUGCUGUGUCUGGAGUACUGCCGGCCGGAGACAGGACACAGGUUCCUCGCCUCAGCCUCCAGGGACAGACUGAUCCAUGUGUUCGCUGUUGACCAGGACUACAGCUUUGUGCAGACGCUGGACGACCACUCCUCGGCCAUCACGUCCGUCAGAUUCUACCAAGGACAGAGCACCUUACAAAUGGUGUCCUGCAGUGCCGAUCGCUCCAUCAUCUUCCGAAGUGCCACCAUGAAUCCCCAGAAUGAGGUUUGGUUCUCUCGAGGACAUAACGUUGCCGGGAAGACCACCUUGUAUGACAUGGAGGUGGACCACGGCCAGCGCCACAUCCUCACCGCCUGCCAGGACCGCAAUAUCCGAGUCUACAAUGUGGCAUCCGGCAAGCACUCCAAGACCUUCAAGGGGUCGAUUGGGGAUGACGGAACACUAAUCAAGGUUGUGUUGGAUCAGAGCGGAAUCUACGCAGCCACCAGUUGUACAGACAAAAAUAUGUGUAUAUACGACUACUACUCCGGCGAGUGUAUGGCCACCAUGUACGGCCACUCUGAGCUGGUGACUGGCCUGCGCUUCACCGCCGACGGCAAACACCUUAUCACAGUGUCAGGGGAUGGAUGCAUAUUUGUGUGGAGGAUGCCUCACGACAUGACACAGACCAUGACAGCUCGACUGGCCCAGCAGGCGGAGCGGGCGGCCAAGGACAAGAGGAAAGUUGUCCGGCAGCCCAUCGACAAUGAGGACUUCAGACAACCCGCCGAGGACAUCUUUGAUCAAAAUGCCAACGAACCAGAAGAACCAGACUACAGGUUCAGCGUGGGUCAGCUUCCCCUGUGGGCCAAGAAGCAGAUGACGGAGCCCCAGGGUUCUGGCAACGGUGCCGGGGACAGGGGCGCCGUGGACCUACCCAAGGGAAGGUGGGCUCAGCGCCUCCACAACAACGCCAUCACCUUCAAGAGCCACUACGACACUGAUUCGGUGAUCCCCUUCCCAGCCAGAGAUAAGCGACACCCAGACUCGGAGUCCAGCAAGGAUAGCUCACUAGAGGAGAACGUCGGAGUGCACAAACAGUACCACGCCGUCCCUCGCAAGGAGAACCUCAUCCUCCCCAACAAGCAGGAGGCCAGUGCAGUUCCUGACUUUGUCCCUUGUCCAGACAGUUUAAAAGAAAUUAUGUCUGGGGAGAAAAUUUUUCAGGGUGCCUCCAAGGUGAACACCAAGAGAGUGACGGAGGUGGACCUGCGUAACCGCCACCACACAGACGACAGCGACGUGAGCAGCCUGCGAGUGGACGGGGGAACGACGGACCAUGACGGGGACAUUGAGGAUUGCAGCGAACAUGACGAUGAAAGCACUGAGCCAGAGCAUUCAGAGCACCUCAUGUACUACCCUCACAAUGACGACACCGCCAGUGACUUCACCGUGAACGCCAUGGACGUGGAGGAGCUGCGCCGGUCACAGCGACGCCACAGGAAGGCUCGGCCAGAAAGACCCACGGACAUCCCCCUCAUGUCUGUCUCAGGCUCCCAGGACUCUGACGACGAUGAUGAGGUUUCCACGCCGAGUGCCGACACAGCCGAGCGCAACAUCAUGUCAAUGCUGAACGUGAGCACGGAAAGCAUCGACCGCGUGGGCCGGCGAGAGAACUUCCUGAAGACCAACUUCGAGUCCCUGGAGGGAGAGAACGCGAGACCGGAAAAGGAAAUCAAGAACAAAAACAGUAUAUCUUAUAAGUUCAACACAAGAAAUAAGGAUACUCAAAUGUCAAAUAAGAGAGAAGAGCUGCUGAAGAGAAUUGAGGAGACGAGGAAGAAGCUCCAAAGUAUUGGAUACAAAUCAAACCUCAGGAACAGCAAGAGUAUCUCAGACUUGAGCAACAUUCCCGAGAAAGACACGUCCUAUAUGUCCGGGAACCAAGGUAACCAACCACCGUGUGAUGAUAACUUUUUCUACCUCCCAGCCCCCGCCACAGGCCCCGUCCCACACUCGGUGACCGCCAGCAUCCAGCAACUAUUUAACAACAGCAGCACCACCACCACAGUUGUACACAAUGCCGUCAAUGAUGUCCCGGAGUUACUCUCUGGCUGCCUCCCCAAAAAUGCAUCGACUAGCAUACCAGAGUUAGGUUCUAAUUACUUUUCAGAGUACAGGAGUAAUGUUUGUGAUAAUGCAGAAACCUUGAGGAAGCUUAGGUCAACCAUGUACGAUAGUAUUUUUGUGUCCAAGGAGCAGCAGAGGACAGGCAAGCAGCUCCUGGCACAGCUGGAGAGAGACCUGUUGGAGGUUGACCUUCUGAUGGGCCGCUCCUCAUCCCCUCCAGAGGUUGACACAGAUUCCCUCGAGGAGACGCUUCGAAGCCUCUCCUUGUUAAGUUCACGUGAACAACUCUUUAGGAAGGUUCACCAGACUCACCAGAGACCCAACGAUGACUCUGAUAGUGAUACUGUGAAGAGUGAGACGUCAAACUUUAGCUGUGAUAGUUUAGAGGACCGAGAAUCAGAGGACCAAGAGGAAGCAACGCCAGUGAAGGAGUGUAAAAGUAUUCCUCAACAGCCGCCCGUCAGCGAGGUGGGCAGCAGGACCCUGCCAUUCCCUCGGAGGAAGAGGCAGAGGUGGCAGAGACUUUCCCUUGAAGGGGUCACAAAAAUCAAGCCCAAUGACUACGAGUCUGAUGUAUUCCCAACUAAUGAAGGGCCAAGCAAUUCACAAGUGUUCCGAACAUCCUCCGACACGGCUCUGGCCAACAGUGACAGCAGUCACUCAGAUGUCCAGACUCCCACCAAUCCUCCUUUCUUCUCUGUGAAAUCUCCCGGCCCAUCAGUCAGCACGGUGCACUCAGUGGCUCACGCCUCCUGUGACCACACUAACCAAGCAGGUGCAGGCCACACAAAUAGUGAUGGUGAUGUUUCCUCCGUCACCAUAGAAACCCAUUCCUACCGACUUGAACAUUCCAACCCCAUUCCCUUCCCCAUACCCCAGCCCCCGAUGGUAGAGCAGCUCAAGAGAGAGAGUAGAGAGACCUCUCCCCACCGCCAGCCCCAGAAAGGGCAGGUAACUCUUCCCCCAGCCAAUGUAGGUGAUUCAGAAGACUUCCCAGUGGUGCAGGCCCAGCCCCUUCCUCCUGGGCCUCCCCCUGCUGUCUACCUGCCGUCCUCUCAGCCCUCCCUCCCCCAGGGCAUUAUCCCAGCCCCGGGCAGAGCCCACCGGGUUCUGCUGGCCAAGAAGGUGACCAUACAGCAAGUGCUUCCCUCCAAACAUGGAGGGAGUGGCGACAGUGGCUUCAGCAGCAGCCAUGGUGGUGGUGGUGGCGGUGGUGGGUUAAGGCGAGCGUGUUCCCUCAGUGACCUGACCAACCCCGGGGCACCACGACGCCUCCUCCCAACACCUCCCUCGGCUGGCGGAAAGAAGAGCGGCACAAAGAGCAAGUCCCCGGGACGGUCCUACUCGUCACUCUCACGCUCCAGCUCCAUCGGGGUGCUCAACCAGACUGGUGAGGAUGGAGGCCGAAGUGAACGGACGAUGAGGCCAACCAUCGCUUCCAUCAACAAAAUGACUCCCAGAGCUCUCAAGAGGAAGGCGUCCCUCUCCCAGGCUGUGUCCACGGGUGACAUCCGGCAGUUCCAUGAAGACUCCAGCUCUGAGGACACGUCGCCCUCGGAUCACAAGAACUCUCGCAGCCGCUCGCAUGGUGGCGACAGGCGGAACACCCUCCCUACCCGAGCCCUGAGCGAGCGCGACCUCACCCGCAGCAAUAGUCUGUCGGGGAAGAGCAGAGGGGAGUCCGUGAGGGGCCGCUACGCCUCGGCUGGUAUGUCUUCCUCCAAACGCCAUCCCAACUCAGACAUGAGCCGCCCCUCCUCAGCCGCCUCCACCGUUGACAUGAGUCCUGAGGAGUACCCAACGAGGGAUGAACUGAGUUACAUAGACCUGGACAACAUGCCACUGAGUGUGGGAGUAGUGGAGAGUGUGUGUGAGUGGGUGGUAGAGGGCUGUGAGAAGCUGAGUCAGCUGUGGUGGCGGGCGUGCAGUGAAGGAGGCGGGGAGGAGGACCACCACAAGGCCCUCCGUUCCCUCCUCCUUGGUGCUGCAGCCAGGGCCACCCACGCCCUCACCCCCCUCACUGCCCCCAACGCAGUCCCUGCUCCAGGGCAGAGCCUCCUUCCCCCUGGUGCAGCCCAGUCACAACCUCCACAAUCAUCGGACAACAAGGACCCGAGGAUGGUGGCGAUGAUGCAACAGUACACUGAUAUUCUGGUCAACAUGGUGCAGCAGAAGAUGGCGUCUCACCAGCCUCCGCCGGGCCCUGCAUGAUCAGUCUGUCCCUGUGUCUGUCUGUCUAUCGUCGCCUCUUAGUCAUAAACAGUCCAAACCUCAAGAUAGUCAUACGUUAUGCUGUGGUGUAGCAGGAAUUGUGUGUGUGUACAUAUUAUUAUUAUUAUUUAAAUGACCGAUACUUUUCUUGUGGGUUAGACAAUUUUGUCUGGUAAGACCCACUACUUUUUUUUCAUUUUAAGUUGGAAGGCUGUGUUUUUACAUUUUCUUUUAUGCAGUUUAAUGAUUCUCCAGGUCAUUCACUCGUGUGAUGUCAUGACCAACUUUGCCGUUGAAUAUAGUGUCUCUGCAUUAUAGUUCAUGCUGUCUUUGUUUCUUUUACCUCUGCUGAAACUGCACAUUCAAUUUAUAUAUCUGUGACUGCUGCAGAUAUUAUACAAGCAGUUAGGUGUCAAUGCAGAGCAAAAGUUUGUCAAGAAGUUUUAUUAAAUUUGUUGCCAAAGCUCUCAUUACUGCUUUCUGUGUCUCUGUGACACACUCCUGCCAUGAUACCUUUUGGUUUGAUGGGUGGGUAACAUUUAUAAGGAUGGAAUACAUAAAGUUUUUAAGAUUAUUUUGAGAAUGAUAAUGAUGGCAUAAUAUUGAAAGUGAUUAACCCAAUGCAUUGUGAUGUGUACAAAGUGGUUGUCAGGUACAAGUGGCUUGUUGACGCAGGAAGGACGCGGCCCCUCGCGACACUCACUGCCUCAAAGCAGCAGCAGGCCGGAAGCACCACACAGAUGCGACCUUUGAUUUAAUGAUUUUGUUUAAUAAUAAUAACCGCAUGAUGUUUUUGCCAUAAUUUUUGCUAUUAACUUUCCUAACUUCACAUUUACACAUUAUAUUGAUAUGGUGAAGGCUUAUUGCUGAUUGGGUUAGGUGAUUUACCUACAUUAUAGACUCAUAUUUUAUUUACACUUAAUUGCUAUGGACACUCCCUGGUCAAGUCAUUAAAGUGCACAGCACUUUGGAAGCUGAUUUUGUUUUCAGCCAUCUUCAAGCUAUACAUUUACUCUAGUAUAACGUAGAAAAUCAAACCCACGACUUUUAGUUUUAGUCAUACACUAAGUUUACUUUAAAUUCUAAUUGAGAAAUAUUCUGAAUUACAUCAAUUGAGUUUGAUAAAAAUAGAAGGCCUUGCUUUUUGCUAUAUUAUGCAAAUGAAAACCCUAAAAUUUUUUUGAAGAGGCCAUUGUCAAGUGUACAGUGUUUGCGAUCUGCAGCCUUUGAUGAGUGUCACUGCAUGCCUACAUGGCCAGAGAGGUGGCAGACAAGGUAUUGCCAGUGGAGGGUGCAGCGGCCGCCUGCCUGUGUCAACUUCCACUCAUUGAUACCAAAAAUUAUUCUGUUGCUCAGUCAUCUGCACUGAGGCUGUGCAUUCUUUCAGAAGGGUCAUUUGAAAUCAUUUAUAAUUUUUAGAAUUACGCAAAAUGUAUUACAUUUUAAAAGCUUUGUUUUUAUAUUGUCUGAACACAUUAAAAGGAAAAUGAUUUGAUUUGCAAUGCAAGAAUACAUUUGGUCAUCAGUAGCAGAAUGAUCUGUAAACAGUAUGUUACUGUACAAAGUAUUAAAUAGUUUGUUUGCUCCUGACAAAGCAUAUUCUGGUAGGGUAAACACGCCCACCCUUGAUUGUACCGAAUGAGAGGAUGGACAUUUUGAUAGAAGCUUCCUGUUAGUGUGUCUAUUAUUAGAAAGCUGAUGUGUAUUUUAAUCCAAAGCACAUUGUGUACUAUGAGGCAGGGCAAGACAUCUUCAUUCAUGUUGUUAGAACAUGGACAACAGUUGUAAUAAUUUCAUGACACCUCUAGGAUGCCAUCAAACAUUGUUAGAGCUGUGGAGGCUUGUGUGUGUUUGGUCUCAAAUGUAGCAUUAAGCCUCACCCCUGGUCAAGGGUGGGCUGAGAGAAGUGACCUGUCUUUGCCAGCUCCAAGGCUGCAUGUCGUGCACACAUUCAGAGGGUAGUACCGAGCUAGGUUAAGUCAAGUCAUUGUUAUCCACAAGGGUGCCAGAAGAUGCCAAGCUGAGAGGUGUGCCAAACCCUAGCCAUGCCUACUAGGGAGUGUAUAGAUGUAUCAUAGUGUAAAUUAUAUAUCUGGAACAUCAUUCCCUUGCUUGGGGAAGACCCAGAUUGCAGGUCUUGGCCACAGCAAGAUGCAGUCUUCCCCUGUGGCUGUUAGCAUUAUUAUUGCCUUCCACUAGUGCAAUUGUCCUCCAUUCUUCAUUAGGGUGUCGAGACACUGCUGUCGAACAGUAUUGUCUUCUCUUUGUGCUCAUGGAUAUCCGGGUAAGUAUCUGCCAAAUGAAAUCUCAUUCCUUGAUAAACUCUGUUUCAUGAAAAUUCUUUUUUAAAUAUAAUAAAUAUAACAUAAAAGCUGU